GAUGGAGACAAUGGAGAGCUGUCUGCUGCCCAAAGCACUAUCCAUGACAACCCUUACCGCCCUUCGCUGGGGCAGGCAGGCUGGCCUUGGCUUGUGAUUGUCUGGCUAAAGCCUCAUUGGCUCAGGGCUCCUGGCUUCAUUCCUAGCUGUACCCCCUCUUAGUUCUUCGGCAGCUGAUGCGGUCUCGUGCCCUAGGGGUAGACCCUGUUUACCCCACAGUGGGCACAGGCAGGAGGGGACAGGGUCCCAUUCCGCCUGGGGCUUGCCCUCUGAGGAUGGAGGCAGUCUCCUUUGCCAUCCUUGUGAAGAGCAGGAAGAGACCCUGCCUCUGCGUGCCAAUGCUCAGGCUCAUCCUGGCCAACCCACCCCAAGGGUGGAGGCACCGCAGACCCAGACAUAGCUUUGAAGGGUUGCUUACGUGGCAGAGCCAUUCCCCUGCCAGAUUGGGAUGGGGCCUGCAGUACUUCUCAGAUUGGCCAAGGGCUUCAGCUGGGACUGGGCAUUCCUGUCGUACAGGCACCGGGAAGUUGCGAAAGCCCCUGCUAAUGUUGAGCACUCGGCUCCUCAGUUCGUUGCUGCUCUGGGCCCCAGGCCCCAGGCUCUGCUUUCCUUCAGCUCAACCCUGACAGCAAGCUGACCUGGAGCUUCCUCCUUCAAGGCAGGGCUGGCUGGGGCAGGCCCUGGGUGGGACAUCUGGGACGUUGUGGAUCUAGGGAUGGCACCAUGAGUGUGUCAGCAGCUCCAGUAUAGGCUUAAGGUGCCUUGCUUCUGGGACUAUUGCAGUGGGCGUGGACUUGGGUGGAGAGGAGGUGGCAGGUAGGCAGGACCAGGGAGGCGCUCCAGCCAGCUGGGACACCUGGCUGUGGUUUAAAAGCCAGUAGUCCUUGCUCCUGUGGCCACUGCCGCAUCAUUCUUGCAUCUGAGGACUCAGCCUCAUGGCUCUGGCAAAGGUCCCCGGGACCUGCCUUCUUAUUGUGCGUGUCCUGCAAGCUCAUGGCCUGCCCUCCAAGGACCUGAUGAGCCCCUCUGACUGCUACGUGACUCUGUGGCUGCCCACAGCCUCCAGCCACAGGCUGCAGACGCGCACCGUCAAGAACAGCAGAGACCCGGUCUGGAACCAGACCUUUCGCUUCCGAAUCCACAGCCAGCUCAAGAAUAUCCUGGAACUGAAAGUCUUUGACCAAGACCUGUGGAGCAAGGAUGAUGCAGUGUUGUCGGUGUUGUUUGAUGCAGGGACCCUUCAAGCUGGGGAGUUCCGGCGCCAGAGCUUCUCCCUGAACACUGAGGGUGGGUUGCAGCUGGAAGUGGAAUUUCGGCUGCAGAGCCUGCCACACUGUGCAGAGUGUCUGGUCAGCAACGGCAUCCUGGUGGCUCGGGAACUCUCCUGCUUGUACGUUCAGCUGAAAGAGGUGGGGGACCAGGAAGGGUCAGAGAAGAGAGUUCAACUUGUGGUUCCAGGGGCCUGUGAAGGUCUGCAGGAGGCUUCUGUGGGUACCAGCUCUUUCCGUUUCCACUGCCUGGCCUCCUGGGACCAAGAGCUGAGUAUUCACCUGCAGGAUGACCCCCAAGAGCAACUGAAGGUGCCACUGCGGGCCUUGCCCUCUGGCCAGCUGGUGAGGCUGGUCUUCCCCACAUCCCAGGAACCUAUGCUGAGGGUGGAACUGAAGAAAGAAGAAGGCCCAGGGGAGCUGGCUGUGCGGCUGGGUGGCGGACCCUGCACCGAGGAGCAGGCCUUUCUGAAGAGGAGGAAGCAGGUGGUGGCUGCAGCCCUGAAGCAGGCCCUGCAGCUGGACAGAGACCUACAGGAGGAUGAGAUCCCAGUAGUAGCCAUCAUGGCCACAGGUGGUGGGAUCCGGGCAAUGACAUCGCUGUAUGGGCAGCUGGCUGGUCUGAAGGAGCUGGGCCUCCUGGACUGUGUCUCCUACAUCACAGGGGCCUCGGGUUCCACCUGGGCCUUGGCCAACCUCUAUGAGGACCCAGAGUGGUCUCAGAAGGACCUGGCGGGGCCUACCAAAUUGCUGAAGACACAGGUGACAAAGAGCAAGCUGGGCGUGCUGGCUCCUAGCAAGCUGUGGCAGUACCAGCAGGAGCUGGCUGAGCGCACCCGCCUAGGCCACCCCACCUGCUUCACCAACCUGUGGGCCCUCAUCAAUGAGGCACUGCUACAUGAUGGGCCCCAUGACCACAGGCUCUCAGAUCAGCGGGAAGCCCUGAGUCGUGGCCAGAACCCUCUGCCUAUCUACUGUGCCCUCAACACUAAGGAGCAGAGCCUGACAACCUUUGAGUUCGGAGAGUGGUGCGAGUUUUCCCCCUAUGAGGUUGGCUUCCCCAAGUAUGGGGCCUUUAUCCCCUCUGAGCUCUUUGGCUCUGAGUUCUUCAUGGGGCGGCUGGUGAAGCAGCUCCCAGAGUCCCGCAUCUGCUUCCUGGAAGGUAUCUGGAGCAACCUGUAUGCAGCCAGCCUCCGGGACAGCUUGUACUGGUCCUCAGACCCCAGCCAGUUCUGGGACCGCUGGGCCCAGGAUCGGGCCAACCUGGACAAGGAGCAGGUUCCUCAUAUGAAGAUAGAAGAGCCACCCACAGCAGCUGGCCAGAUCGCUGAGUUCUUCACUGACCUUCUUACAAGGCGCCCACUGGCCCAGGCUACCCACAAUUUUCUGCGUGGCCUCCAUUUCCACAAGGACUAUUUCCACCAUCCCCACUUCUCCACCUGGAAAGCUACCAAGCUGGAUGGGCUCCCCAACCAUCUGACACCCACAGAGCCCCACCUUUGCCUGCUGGAUGUCGGCUACCUCAUCAAUACUAGCUGCCUGCCACUCCUGCAGCCCACCCGGGAUGUGGACCUCAUCCUGUCGCUGGACUAUAACCUCCACGGAGCCUUCCAGCAGCUGCAGCUCCUAGGCCACUUCUGCCAGGAGCAGGGGAUUCCGUUCCCUCACAUCUCGCCCACCCCGGAGGAGCAGAGCCACCCUCAGGAGUGCCAUGCCUUCUGUGACCCUACCCAGCUUGACGCCCCUGCUGUGCUCCACUUCCCUCUAGUCAACAACUCCUUCCAGGAGUACUCAGCCCCAGGGGUGCGGCGGAUACCUGAGGAGAAGGCAGCUGGGGAGGUGGAACUGUCCUCUACCAGCUCCCCAUACCACUACACCAAAGUGACCUACAGCCCCGAGGAUACGGACAAGCUGCUGCAGCUGACGCAUUACAACAUCUGCAACAACCAGGAACGGCUGCUGGAGGCCCUGCACCAGGCUGUGCAGCGGCGGCGGCUACGGAGGCAGCACAGACCCCAGUGAUGGUGGGGAGGUGCCCAGGCUGGGCCUUGCCUGGCCCUUUUCCCCGUGGCUCCGAGUCUGGAUGGGAACAGCAUCAUCAUGUGUUCUGGAGCCUCUGGAGCCACAGAGCUGUGAUGCUUAGGACCAUCCAGAGGUGGCACUGAAGCCACCAGUGACCCUGCACAGAGUCCAGGCUGAAAGCCUACAAGAGGCUAGGAGUGAGCAGCCUGGCUCGUUAUGGCUGCAACCAGAGCGGGGGGUCCCCAUGGAGCGGACUGGAGCCACCUUCCACAGACAGGCAGGGCUCAAAGGCCGUGUGGCGGCUGCAGAGCGUGAUGGGGACAAAGUAGCCAUAUGCACAGAGUAAAGCAGAGCACUUUACAUUACAAAUGCACUUGCAAAUGGGA